UUCUGGAGACUGCGCACUCUGUGCGGAUCUACUCCAAGCAGCAUCACAAAACUGCGUAUGCAAGCAGAACUGCGUCUAUCGGGUUGGGGGCAGCAGGAUAUGCCGCUAAGGAAAAUCAAAUAGCAGUGGACACUGAAAGGACUGUAACCCUGUGUGCACGGUGCAAAACAAAAGCUUUUUUAGUUUUGUUUUAAACCGGCUCCAAACAUGGGGUCUCCUAAGUUUUUCAGUUCUAGGCAUUUGAUCGUGAAAGUGUUUUUGAUGCAGUGCAUGAUUUUAAUGAAGACUUCAGCAGCUCCUUCGCCCAUUAUCAAGUUUCCAGGAGAUGAAAGCCCUCCAACAGACAAAGAAGUUGCACUGCGUUACCUGAAUAAGUUUUACGGAUGCCCACAAGACAGAUGUAACCUUAUGGUCCUGAAAGACACCCUGAAAAAAAUGCAGAAGUUCUUUGCUAUUCCGGAGACCGGGGAGAUCGACCCGAAGACGGUGGACAUCAUGAGGAAGCCGCGUUGUGGCGUGCCAGAUGUGGGCAACCUGAACAGACCCACUAAUUACACCUUCUUCCCCAGGAAGCCCAAGUGGGGCAAUAAGGACAUCACAUACAGAAUACUUGGACAUUCUCCUGAUAUGGAUGAGCAGACAAUUGACGAUGCCUUCCUGCGCGCCUUCAAAGUCUGGAGCGAUGUGACUCCUCUCACCUUCACCAGGAUUAUGGAUGGCGAGGCUGACAUCAUGAUCAACUUUGGCCGCAAUGAGCACGGUGAUGGCUACCCCUUCGAUGGGAAAGAUGGGCUUUUGGCUCAUGCGUUCGCUCCAGGUCCAGGCAUCGGGGGAGACUCCCACUUUGACGAUGAUGAGCAGUGGACGCUGGGAGAGGGCCAAGUGGUGAAGGUGAAGUACGGCAAUGCAGAUGGUGAAUUCUGCGCCUUCCCCUUCCUCUUCUCCGGCAAGGAGUACAACAGCUGCACCCCGGAGGGACGUGACGAUGGCUUCCUGUGGUGCUCCACCACCUACGACUUUGACACGGAUCAGAAAUAUGGCUUCUGUCCUCACGAGUUGUUGUUUACACUCGGUGGAAACGCUGAUGGCUCUCCCUGCAAGUUUCCCUUCACCUUCAUGGGGGACAAGUAUGACGGUUGCACCACCUCGGGCCGAGACGACGGCUACCGUUGGUGCGCCACUACCGAGGACUACGACCGUGACAAGACUUACGGCUUCUGCCCCGAGACUGCCAUGUCCACAAUGGGAGGCAACUCGGAGGGUGCUCCUUGCAUGUUCCCGUUUGUCUUCCUGGGUAACAGCUAUGACUCCUGCACUACCUCUGGACGCAGUGAUGGCAAAAUGUGGUGCGCCGUCACCAAGAGUUUCGAUGAGGACCGCAAAUGGGGCUUUUGCCCAGACCAAGGCUACAGCCUGUUCCUGGUGGCUGCUCAUGAGUUUGGUCAUGCCCUGGGCUUGGAGCACUCGCAGGACCCCGGUGCACUGAUGGCACCCGUCUACACCUACACCAAGAACUUCAGGCUCUCUAACGAUGACAUCCGUGGAAUCCAGGAGCUUUAUGGUGCUGGUUCAGGUUCGGACAAACCCUUGCCACCCACUCAAGGACCAGUGACCCCGAUGGAUAUCUGCAAUGAGGACAUAGUCUUCGAUGCUGUGGCUCAGAUUCGUGGAGAGACAUUCUUCUUCAAGGACAGGUUCCUCUUCAGAUCUGCUAACUUCAUGUCCAAGCCCACGGGACCCAUGCUUACGGCCACAUUCUGGAGCGACCUGCCAGACAAGAUAGAUGCUGCCUAUGAAAAUCCACUAGAGGAGAAGUCUGUGUUCUUCGCAGGGGAUGAGAUCUAUAUCUACUCAGCUAGCACACUGGAGAGGGGCUAUCCAAAGAGCCUGUCAUCCAUUGGUCUGCCCUCUGAUGUUCGCAAAAUCGACGCUGCCUUCUCCUUCAGCAAGAGCAAGAAGACAUACCUGUUUGCAGGAAACAGAUACUGGAGGUUUAACGAGGCCAAGAGUAAAAUGGAUCCCGGCUUCCCCAAGCCAAUAUCCGACUCCUGGAACGGCAUUCCAGACAACAUAGAUGCAGCCUUCAGUCUCAAUCAGGAUGGCAACAGCUACUUUUUCAAGGACUCGUACUACCUGAGGCUGGACGACAGUCUGAAGAUAACCAAGGUGGGCGAGGUGAAGGCAGACUGGCUGCGCUGCUGAGUGAUUGGACGGACACACACGCCGCAAGCAGCGUUCUGUGGUGACCUUUGACCUCUGCCUCUUGGGCAGUCCACCACCAUCCGUCAUCACGAACCUUGGCUACCGUGGCAACCCCGCCGCCAAGCAACAAAACACCCCCAAGCACUCGCAAGACUGUAACUACCAACUGGCUACUAUAACCUGCCACCCAGCCUGCCCGGAGUCCCUGUCACAUUAGUGAUGAUUCUUUAAAAACCUCUUUGCAAGCUGAACAUAGGCGAACGGGAUGAACCUUAAAAGUCUUUUUUUGUUAUUAUAUUACUGUGUGAUAUGUGCUGUUUUCUUGUAAUGCUGAAGGUGAAUUAAUUUGAUCUGUAGUUCCCCAAUGCUUUUGAAUGAUAAACUACUUUCACAUCACAUAUUCAGAGACAUCAGGUAUGUCCCAGUUACAUUGCAAAGCAGACGAUGCUUUAUCCGAAGAUAUAUCUGAUUAUGCAUAUUAUGUGAUUGAAUUUAUACAGCCCUAAACAUCCUCUGUUUUCUUUGUAGUUACAGUUCUGUCAGAGGUUAUUGUAUUCACCACAAAAGGGUGUGUAAUAUUUGUGUAGUAAAUGUCAGACACACAAAUAUUUCACAAUUAUUGCUUACAGGCAAGCACUUUUUAUAUAAAUGUGUUUUGUACACAUGGAGACCAAAUUACUGUCAAAGUCAGUCCAUUAUAUCUUGUUAGAUUUUAUGAUAAUCGUGGUGCUUAUAGAUUCACGGCACGGGUUGCCUGAGGAUUGUAUAGGGUCUGGUGCAUGAUGGAGUCAUGACGAGCAAAGUACCAUGAAGUGUUUAGUUGAAAUAAUCGUUUUGUAUAAUUACAUUUUGUCUUUUUACAUCUGGAGUUGACAGUACCGUUUGUUUUUGAUUUGUAAGAUGUAUUUGCUUUGUGCACUUUUUGUCUCUAUUGUUGAACAAAAUAAUAAAGAUGAAGAAUCUCA